GCCACUCGAGCGCAGACGGACGAGGAGGAUGGGAUCAUUCAAAAAGAAGGAGAUCAUGAGGCUGCACACAUUCUUCUUCGUGCCGCCAUGGUUCUGGUGGAAUCACACGCGUCCCUCUCCGGCACCCUUCACGGGCUGCAAACCACGACACUUAAGGUUGUGAUAUUGUACUUUGUUGACAAUGGUCAGCGCCGUUCAGAGUCCAGUGCGGCAGGUUCUUUUCCGACAAUCGAUCCUGCCGCUGUUCCUAGCGGCUGUCUAUCUCGCCAUUCUCAUCAUCCCGUGGGUUUUGACCUGUGUGAUUUCUCGAAACCCACGGUUUUUGGUCCAGGAGCGGGUGCAUUUUGACAUCGACAGCGACUCCUUCCUCUGGGUCAACUACUCGACCCUCAGACUGAUCAAUGCGCUCAACGCCAUCACCGCGGCGCUCUCGCUGCCCUUGCUAAGCAUACUGCUAGCGCGAGCCGCGGUCGUUUCCAGCCAGCGCCACGGCGCCAAACAAAGGUUGACCGUGCGACAAUUGUUCGCGCUUGCAGACCGCGGCUGGUGGAAUCCUUUCAAGGCGCUGCGCAGGUCAAGAUCGUCCCGGCUCCAAUUAUUUGGUUCGAUACUGUUGGCCGUGGCGCUCGCGCUCCCCAUCGUGCGGUCUGUACUCCUCAGCUAUCACAGCACUGCGAUCAAAUUGAAGACCGAUGACGACUACGAAUGUACGUGCGGCAUCGACUACAACCCAUAUGAUCUGAGCCAGAGCGCCUUGAGCAACUACUGGGAACCGGGAGAUUCUUACGAUGAGCCGGGAGCUUAUGGAGAAUACACGACGAAUGGAACAGCCUUGAUGUUCGCGACCACGGUGCAAGCCGGGUCCAGCACCGGAUUUGUGCCUGAUCAAUAUGUCUUGGCUUUGAAGAGCGGCGCAAUAUGCUCGUCAGUGUCCUCGGACGAGGUCACAUCCCAGUGCGCCACAGCUGGAAGCAGUGCGAACUCGGGCUGGGAAACGAGCCUCUACGUCGAGGGCUACCUGCAGGCCAACGUCUGUGUUCCCAUUGUUAAUGCCGGCGGGACCUGGCAGUCUACCGUCGGGGCCGAUGGGAAGCCUUACACGUUCACCGAGGAUGUGUAUAUAAGCCACCUAAUCCUAGACGAGGAAAGUUCUACUGAUUGGUAUUGUGAAGGCGGUGAUUGCUUGGGGACCGAAUCAGGCCUCUACGUGCACUGCCAAAUGAACACCACACUGGGCUAUGUUCAGCUGGGAAGCAUAUCUUCCGAGGGCGUACCGAGUCGUUUCCUGAACAGCACUCCUCCCUCUUUUCAAAUUCCCAAAGGCACCGUGUCUGGAGGGGCGACAGGACCGCUUAUGUCAACAGCUCAGGCAUUAUUUGGUAACGGCAGCUGGUUCAACAUGCUCGGCGAGAUGCAGUCUGCGAACCUUGACAACCAGACAAUAGCCAACUUGGUGACGCUUGCCUGUGAAAUCAUGCCGUUGAACAAUGCUGCCUACUUCAGAGGUGACUCGGCCGGCUGUUCGGAGAUACAAAGCUAUCUGGAUUGGUUGGCGGACUCUCCCGGUGGCUUGUCGCAAGGCAUUGAGACCCUCACGUACGAUUUCUUCAGUAUUUUCGACUCCCCCUGGACGGCCCGCGCUGCCCUCAACACAGGCGCAUUUUUUGCCAACUCCGACCUCCUCUCCGCAGCCAUUAACGAUAACAAUAUCUACUACGAUUACUCAAACAUGUCCUACGGGGUUUACAAGUACGACGGCGUCCAGACACCCUCGACCAUACCUGUCGUUACUCUGGGCGCCCUGAUCGCCAUCACCACUCUCAUCGGCCUCCAGGUCAUCGCCAUAGCACUCCUGCUGGCGUACAUAUACAGUACCAAAGUGUGGACUACGACCCUGAACGCCUUCGCGAUGGCCAGGAUCGGCGCCCAGCUGUCGAGGCACGCCGCCUUCGACUGGGCCGAGUACAGCCCUGAAAUCUUAGGCAUUGGUGUCGUCCGCGACGACAGGCUUGCAGAGUUGUGGGAGAUGGACGGGCUCAUCGAUACGUCUGUCGUGCUGGAAUCACCCCCCGAGCGGCCUGCAGCGGGGAGGGGUGGUGGUGAUAUGGAGAUGGCCGAGUUCUUGCCGGCAUAUUCACCUCGAGGGCAUGAAUCGGGAGAAGAAGGGGAGCAGAGUUCGAGGCUUGUGGGGUCUGAGGACCUGGCGAGACCAUCGUCCGCUGGAUCAUCACCUCCUUAUGGGCUACGUGAUGAGCAUCGCGAAGGCGACGAGGUCUCGGAGAUGAGCGAGGAUAUUGAGCGGGCGGGCGUGGAGGGAGCAGUCACCCCGGCGUCGUCUACCGCACCAGCCUUGGCUGCAGCAGCUCGAUAGGUGGAAGAGGAUGAGAGGAUGGGUCCACAAUGAAAGGGGUUCUCAAUUUUUGUUUUGUUUGUUUGUUUGAGGGCAGUAUUAGCGCUGGGUGUUGGGCGGAUUUUCCGACGGACUGGUUAAAUUUAAUGACUUAGAUACAAGAUAAUGUCUAGAUAUUGGUUGCAAGCGAAUCAAUACGAUGUAAUAGAUCGUACAGGACGCGAUA